CUCUUUACCCUCUUUAACCUUUUAUAUAUACACCCCUCUUGAAGUUCAAGCCCACACAUAACACACACAAACACAUUCCUUCAUCUUACCAACCAGCAUGGAUUGGUUCUCAUGGCUUUCAAAAACAAACCUUGAUCCAUCUCUUGUAUAUGAGUAUGGCCUCACACUUGCACACAAUGAGCUAGAACAAGAAGACUUGGUUUACUUCAACCAUGAAUUUCUCCAAAGCAUGGGAAUAUCCAUAGCCAAACAUAGGCUAGAAAUUCUCAAACUUGCAAGAAAAGAAAAGGGAAAAAGACAACCACCAAGACCAAUUUCAAAGAUCAUGGUAGCAAUCAAAAAGACAAAAAAGUGCUUAUCUAAUUACAUAAUGAGAAAAUUGGUUACAUGUGAAGAAUCAAAUACAGCACUUGUUGUUGUUCCAACAUCAAGAGCUAGUAGUAGUAGUUAUUAUGGAACAAGAUCAUCAUCAUGGAAGAGUAGUUCUUUGGUUAAGAGGAAUAAGAAGUUGAAGGUUGCUAAACAAGAGAGGCUAUUGCUUACAAAUGGAAGUCCUAGUCCUACAAUUAUGCCUGGUCUUGCUCUUGAUAGUUUUUGUAGUACUCCUAUGGUUUAUCAUUUUCAUGAAGGAAAGAUGAAAGGUGAUGAUGAAGAUGGUAAUGGUUAUUGGUCAGCUGCUGUUGAAGAUAUCAGGUGGGAUACUAUGUUCCAAGAUCUAAAACCAAACUAAAAUUUUUAAUUUCACUUUUUUAAUUAAUUUUUUUAAUUUUUCUUUUCGGGGUUUUAACUAUUUCAAUCCAAAAUUUUAUGUGGAUGCUUGGAACUACGACAAAUAGUUGUAGUAACUUGCAGUGGAUCAGAAGUAGAAGCGUCAGGUUAUAUUUACGAUAACUUAGAGCUUCUAUGAUCGCGUGUUUGGAUAUGCGAAAUCACUGCAGGUCCAGACAUAUUUUAUAUAAGUUGGUGAGAGAUGGGUUUUUUGAGUUCUUCCACCAUAUAGAUUUGAAUGUGUUUUUUUUUUUUGUUGCUUUUUAUGUUUUUGUUAUUUUGCAUUAGUGGUGUGGAUCAUGCGGAUGGGUAACUUUAGCACCUUGUCUGUUUGAGUAAUGAGGUUUGUCUACUUUUUGCUUUUGAAUGUUUGUAACUUUUAGCUUUGUUAGGGGAAAUUUGGAUUUAAUUAGAUUAGCGUAAUUGUGGGGAGAGAAUGAUUAAGAUAGGUGAUUACUUUAGUUCUUUAUUGCAAAUUUGAGGUCCAAAUUUGUACUCUCUCAUGGUUAGUUCUUUUUACAAUAUACACAUUGACAAAAGUAUAUUUAUAGUUAAAUAA